CUGAACACAUGUGCUUACAAUGGACUGCUGUAAAUCAGUAGAUACAAACAUCUAUAAGAUUAGGACCAGACAGUCAUUUUAACAUGGAGUAAAGCAUGUGAACAUUUAUAACUGUCCCAUUAGACACACCUUGCUUGAUUUGACAAUGUUUGUGGAUUAAAUUCUAAGUUAUAUCACUUUGUCAAUGGAUCUAAGCAUGGCCCCAGUAUUUCUGUUUUUGUUACAAUUUUGGACUUCACUGGUUAAUGGUGGGCCAGAUGACAUGUGGGAUGGCCUUAAUUUGAAAUUUGGAACACACAAACCGUUACCAAGACGGAGAGAGGAGGCAGAAAGAGAAAAUUAUAAAAGGCAAAAUGAUAUAUGUAAAACUGAUAAUUAUCAUGGCUUUCUGUAUAGACUAGAAGACGACUCCAAGUUGUUACCUAUUUACGAUUUAAAUGGUUAUCUGGCAGGAAUACAAGCAAUCAUUCAAUCAGACAUGAAAGGCUACGACUCCCUGAAUAAAACCAUUGAUUUACCACCUCACGAAAUCAUGCCUCCAGUUUUAGUGGGAAAAUCUGACAUCCAAACCUACACGAUUACAGCUUACUUCAAGCAUCCCCAACAUCUCUGCAGUCCCAUUCACCAUAGCAACGUGCCUGCAGGAAAGGGACUGUAUCUACAGACAGGAUAUGACCCAAUCCGCAACUACGAACAAAUUCCGAUGGAAGCAAAGAACCUUUCUUCAUUAUGGAAGAAAGCCAUUUGUUUGCCAACAAUGGGUACCCAUUAUUUUUUUAAUAUUUCACGAGACAUGCAGUGUGAGAGACUAUACCCCGUAUUUCUGAUGUACGAUAGUGAGGGGAAAUUGGGAGCGUUUGGAUGGACGUUCCAGGGUCAGCCAUAUGAAGGCCCUAAUUCUAUAUUGGACUGGUAUCAGCUCCAACCUAAAACUUUUUAUUUUAUAUUUGAUGUGAAUCAACUACCACCUUGCAUGCUCAACCCAAAUUUCCGAGUGUUUGGAAUCCACAUUUGGCUUCAGAGCCACAACAAGACUACCAUGCGGUGUACCCCGUCAGCCACACCAGUGCCACAAAAAACCACCACAGUAACAUACGAGGAAAGGAGAAGAAAUGGUGGUGAUAAUCCUGACAAUAAAGUCAACUUUGGCAAAAAUCCAGGCUCCAAUAUUAUUCAACCUCCUCAGCCCAAAAAGAAUUCGGGGAUAAACUCUGCAACUAAAGACACAUGUAGCGUGUGCUUGUUUUUAUUUGUUUGUAUUUUAUGGACAGUUUUAUCAAAUUUUAUUGUAUUAAAUGUAUAGCAUAAGUAUUUACAUUUAAUCUGAGUUUAUAUUUUAUUUUUCAAUCCAAUUUUUAAAACACAAAAUAAAAUCUGCUCAAUAUAAAUGUGUUACACAGAAUUUGCUAAAUACCUGCUGGGGGUCAAAUCUGAUUUCUUAUUGAAGAACUUAAUAUAUUUCCCUUGUAUAUUUAUAAGGUUGUAAUUUCUAUUUGGAAUAACCUGGGUAGAAUAUAAAGCAACUGAAUUCAUUGUUUUUCACUUAUUUUCAUGUGUACCGGGUAUUAAUUACAGCUGUAUUUAUAUUCUUACCAAACCAGAGGUUUGCAUUCAAAAUCAAUUAAAAAUAAGCAGUACAGUUUAACACAUUAGGAAUAUAUAUUAUUUAACUUAGACUAAUAAUAUGAACAAUUAAAUCACUGAUAUAGAUUCUGAAGUUAAAAAAUAAACAGUAAAAUGCUUUAUUGGCUGAUAAGUAUGCACUAAGGAUCAAGUACUGGCAGUUUAUCUGAACAUUAGAGAAAAAAAGACUUUCUAUUAAAUAUAGCUCUUUUGUAUAAUUCAAAAUCGUUAACUUUCGGGAAGAAAAUCUUACUUGGAACUUGUCAGCUAUGUUGUUUCAUUUAAACUUGAGUUUUACACAAUUUUUCACUUGGCUGUUUAGUGUCUAACAUUGACUAAUAUAUUAAAUUAUAAUAUAAUCUAAGACAAUGUUAAAUCUCCAUAAAAGUGGUGUCUGACUUGAAACUAAAAUUUAUGAGAUAACUAAUCUUCUAUUAUAGGGAUGGUCAACUUAGGUGUCGAUACUGGCAGAAAAUCAUACAUAGCUGUACAUUUUACUCUAUGUUUACUACAUUUGUGAGAGGUUUUUUUCUAAUUUUUUGUAAACCUGUGUAACAUCUUUAUGUAAAUGAUGACAUGAGAAUAUCAUGAAUGAUAAUACUGUGAUAUUAGUUUGUAGAUUUUCAUAGAACUUUACUGAGCUAAGGGGAAUAACCCUUACCUCCACAAACAGCACUGCAAGCUCUGCAAAAACUUCACAGCAAAUUUUGUACAAGCUUUUUUCAUUUUCUUUUUUUAAUUUUUUAAUUUAGAAAAUAUAACUUUAGAUAUAUUUUCUGGGGUCAUUCUUUCCUACUGCAUGUAUUUUAUUUUUUCUAGGGAAACUUAAUAGAAGCAGGUGCCCAGACAAUAUCCUCAAUAUAUGAGUACAUUUUUACUUACCAUUAGUGAUGUUCUGCCUUGCAGCACAUAUAAAGUUUAUCUCAAAUGUCUGAUUCUCCUUUAAUGUCUGUUGUUCUUUUCUAUAAUGUUCCUGUACAGUUGUAAAAAUAUGAAGAUUUAAUUCAAAGUACGAUUUCUUUGAUAAGAGGGAAUUUAAUUUGGUGCAUUCUUAAACAAUCAUCAUGAUUCUAUAACAAAAUCAUUAGUCUCUACUUUAAAUUUCAUUCCCUUUGUUUAAAUUCCCUGUCUCCUAUCUUUAACUUCAUUCCAUAUACUUCAUUUUCAAACUUUAGUAAUAUAUAUAUUUUUUUGUUUACAUGUAAUUUGUAAAUGCAAAUACGAUCUUGAUGUGCUUACUUUCACUUUUAAAUGCACCUUUCUGCAAAUUCCUAGACCCAGACUUAAGCCUUAUAUAUGUACCUGUACAUAUUGUCUGUUUUUGUGUGUGUGUGUGUGAGAUUUGUUGAGAUGUUAAAUACUUUACAGUGAGUACACGUGUGUCUUCAUUUGAACAUAGUGAGGAGGUCAUUAUAUGCUCAUAUACCACUCAGACUAAAUGUUUAUAUGUUUUGUGAUAACAUUAUUGAAUCUCAUAACGUGUAAAUGUGUGUGACAUUCAGAUGGUGAAAAACAUUGGUGUGUGUGACUUGUGCUUUGAGUUUCUACUGAAUUGCAAGAGAUUAUAGACAAACAUUGUUGAUAUAAACUGAUGUGAUCAGAUACGUCAAUGAUUGCCUCUUUUUUUAAUCACCUGUAAAUUAAUUUUGAACUUGAAUGGGUGUUUCAACGAGUAAAGCUUACAUGAAAUCCUACAAGUAUGUAAGAUUUUGUUCAUUUUAACUUAAAAAAAACAUUAAAAAAAUUUACGCUAACAA